AUGCGGAAUCAGCACAUUUAUAGGGGAGAGAACAGCUCAGUACUACACCUGAGGAAGAACUACAAGGGGAGAACAGCUCAGAACUACAGGAGGGAGAACUACAAGGGGAGAACAGCUCAGAACUACAGGUGGGAGAACAGCUCAGAACUACAGGUGGGAGAAUCACAGGGGGAGAACAGCUCAGAACUACAGGGUGGGAGAACUACAGGGGGAGAACAGCUCAGAACUACAGGAGGGAGAACUACAAGGGGAGAACAGCUCAGAACUACAGGUGGGAGAAUCACAGGGGGAGAACAGCUCAGAACUACAGGGUGGGAGAACUACAGGGGGAGAACAGCUCAGAACUACAGGGUGGGAGAACUACAGGGGGAGAAUAGCUCAGAACUACAGAGUACAGGGGGAGCACUACAGCGGAGAGAACAGCUCAGAACUACAGGGUGGGAGAACUAUAGGGGCAGAACAGCUCAGAACUACAGGUGGGAGAAUCACAGGGGGAGAACAGCUCAGAACUACAGGGUGGGAGAACUACAAGGGGAGAACAGCUCAGAACUACAGGGUGGGAGAACUACAAGUAACAAGGGGAGAACAGCUCAGAACUACAGGAGGAAGAACUACAAGGGGAGAACAGCUCAGAACUACAGGGUGGGAGAACUACAGGGGGAGAACAGCUCAGAACUACAGGGUGGGAGAACUACAGGGGGAGAACAGCUCAGAACUACAGGGUGGGAGAACUACAGGGGGAGAAUAGCUCAGAACUACAGAGUACAGGGGGAGCACUACAGCGGAGAGAACAGCUCAGAACUACAGGGUGGGAGAACUAUAGGGGCAGAACAGCUCAGAACUACAGGGUGGGAGAACUAUAACAGGGGGAGAACAGCUCAGAACUACAGGAGGGAGAAAUACAGGGGAGAGAACAGCUCAGAACUACAGAGUACAGGGGGAGCACUACAGCGGAGAGAACAGCUCAGAACUACAGGGUGGGAGAACUAUAGGGGCAGAACAGCUCAGAACUACAGGGUGGGAGAACUACAGGGGGAGAAUAGCUCAGAGGAACUACAGGGGAGAGAACAGCUCAGAAGAACUACGGGGGAGAGAACAGCUCAGAACUACAGGGUGGGAGAACUAUAG